CAGUGCACAACGCCAUAUUGAGUAAAGACAAACUGAGAAAGUGACGGUCCAAAGUUAAUAUAUUAAACUGCAAUUUUCUGUUCCAUAUCCAGAGAGGAAGCAUAGAAGCUGCAUUUUCUUAGUGAACAUUAUUUGGUUUUUAUGUAAUGUUUUUUAGAUGACAAAAUGGCUUGUUUGAACACACUAAAGCAAGAUAUAAAAACACUAGAACUGCAUUUCCCAAAAUCUCAUGAAAGGUUUCAGGUGGUUGCAGCUUCGGUCGAUGAAUUGACUUGUCGAUUUGUAGGAAAAAAUGGAAAGAAAUAUGAAAUUCACGCAAAUAUUACAGAAACUUAUCCAUCAACCCCACCAGUUUGGUUUGCAGAAACAGAGGAGUCUAGUAUAACUACAGCUGUACAGAUGCUUAGCAACACCUCAGGGAGAGACAACUUAAUAGUACCACAGGUCAGAAUUCUUCUUCAGGAAUUAUGCAAGCGUCAUAAUCUGCCUGAACUGCCCAAUCUUGAAUCCUUAGAAGGAAACUAUGUAUUACAAUCUGAAGAUGAAUUAGUAGAUGAUUCAGAAGAUGAAGAUGAAGAAAUUGAUUAUGAUGAUGAUCACAUAGAAAUGGAAGAUGAUAUAAGCUCUUCACAGGAGAAAAAAGACAAUAACCUUAGUAGUGAGCAUUCAGCUACUUUAGAAAGGCUUCAACAGACCCAAAGACAAGACUAUAUGCGUGGCUCCAUAUCAGGAUCUGUGCAGGCCACAGACCGCCUCAUGAAAGAGUUACGAGAUGUUUAUCGCUCUGAGAGCUUUAAGAAAGGUGUUUUUACUGUUGAUUUAGUAAAUGACAGUUUGUAUGAGUGGAAUGUUAAAUUGCUUAUGGUUGAUCCAGAUAGUCCUCUACAUAAUGAUUUAGUCCAGUUAAAGGAAAAAGAUGGAAAAGACUAUAUUCUUCUUAAUAUUCUCUUCAGUGAAACCUUUCCUUUUGAACCUCCAUUUGUGAGAGUUGUCCAUCCUGUCAUAACUGGAGGUUAUGUGCUUGGUGGUGGUGCCAUCUGUAUGGAAUUAUUAACAAAACAGGGCUGGAGUAGUGCUUACACUGUGGAAGCUAUAAUCCUGCAGAUUGCUGCUACUUUAGUUAAGGGAAAAGCUCGUGUGAAGUUUGUUGGCACCAAAGUACCAGCCCAGUACAGUCUUGCUCAUGCCCAGAAGUCCUUUAGGUCCCUUGUCCAAAUCCAUGAGAAAAAUGGCUGGUUUACACCUCCCAAAGAAGAUGGUUGACAAGAAAGAAAAACUUUAUACUGAAUAUAUUAAGUAUUUGUAGUGAUAGAGGAUUAUAUCUUUUUUCCUUUCUUUGUUCUUUUUUUUUUAAUGUGUUGUGGUCUUUUGAUCAAAAACUUCAAAUUAAGAUAUAAAGAGAAAAUUGAAAGUUUUAUAUUUAAGGUUAUACAAUUGCAUUUAAGUUCACAAUCUUCACUGCUUACAAAAGAAUGUAAAAUAACUGAAUUAAGGACUUCCUGAAUACUGUUUAUAUGAUACGUGUGAAAAAUAAAUCAUAUUUCUUUGUAUAGUGGUAUUCUUUUGAAUGAAAUCUUGUGAUUUUUUUUUCAAAACAGAAUAGAAGCUAGUUACUUCCAAUCACAUGCUGGUGAGUAUUGGUUAGAGCAGGGCUAUCCAACUGGCAGGCCACCCCCUAAGCAUUGCAAGAAUCCUUCUAUUAAUUGGCUUAUUUCAAUUUUUAAACAGGCAAAGUAUUAUUUGUGUGUGUGUGUGUGUGUAUUACUUUCAUUAUUUAUUUCAUAGCUCUAAACAUAUGAUGGACAGAUACAGAUAAUAUAUUUUCUGACAGUCAAACAGUUUUAGAAUCUAGGAUUCUAUAUUGCUAAGUUGCAAAGUGGCCAACUGCUGGUUUGAAGUUGUACAGUCCUGAGUUGGAGCACUCUUUAUAAUGCAACAUUAUAAAGUUUUGUGGUUAUGUAUAUGGGUAUAAAAAAACGAAUGAAGUGACAUGUUUGAGCUCAACUGUUAUUCAAAUUGGGCUUUAAUGAAUAAAUAUCCAUUACAUAAUCUUUAUUGUGAGGAGCACUCUUGAUUCUGUACAAUAAGCAAAAAUUCAAAACACUAAAACUAUUUCUAUAUAACUAAUAUAAAGCAAAGAUUUCAUGUGACUGCUGUACCUAAUAAAUCUUUGGACUGUUUCAUAAUUGAGAGAAGUUUUAAUCUUUGUAAAGCUGUGAAUGUCAUAUGUUUAGUAUAAUAAAUCUUUUAAGCUCAAAUCGCCAAUCUUGGAUACCAGAGCCCAGCAAAGGAGGUGUGAUGUAGCGAAUGUGUAUUUGAAGAUGAUAAAAAAACAAAAAACGCUCAGUUUAAAAACCUGUUCGUCUCUGUACAGAGAACUUAAAUUCUGUUUUCAAUCUAGUUGUAUUUUGUUUUAUGCAAAAUGUUAUUUUCACGUAUGUAUUAGACAUAAUUCCAUGAUACUGCAUGAAUCAGAUUUUUAGUUAGAGUUGACAUGUUUUAUUACUUUAAUACAUCAUUGUUAAUGUUCAUACAUUUAAGCUGUAAGUAUGUUUCUUCCCAGGGAGAAAUGAUAUAACCAAAGCAUUUAUAUUAAAAAUCAUUCUUUGUG